CAGGAUAGAGCGUGAAGAGUGUGACAGACAGCGAGGACAGUCAUGGUGGUUCUGCCCUCUCAACAGGAGCAGAAGAAAUGACUUGAAACGAAAGCAUGAGGGACUGAGGUCCCAGGCGGGAUGGCAGGAGCUGAGAGGAGCCAGCAGUGACUCCGGCGGCUGCGGUGGCAGCUGUGUCCCCUGAAGAUGAGGUGGCUCCGGUGAAACGCAGGCCAGGCCAGGCCCCAUGGCCAGCUCAGGCGCGGAGGUCCGCUGGGCUGAGCCGGGCCUGGGGAAGAGAUCCAGGCGGCGGCGCUGGGCCUGGGCAGAGGCCGGGACGGUUGCGGACCCGACUGGCCCAGGCAGCUGGGAGGAAGAGGGGCCCCUCCUCAGUGCCGCCAGCCCUGAGCUCCUGCAGGACUUCCACCGCGCCCAGCAGCACCUGCAGCCUCUGGAGUGGUCCCCGGACCCGCAGCCCGAUGCAUCCCCGGACUCCGAACCAGGAGAGUACACGGGAGAGGAGUUUGAAGAGGAGGACGUGGACAGUCUAGAAGAUUCCACCAUGCCUGUCCAUUGGCUCGGCCGGCAGGACCCCCGCCCGGCCACACCUGAAGCGGCACCAGACGAGGUCCCUGGAGGUGCAGAGGCCCGGGGAACGAGGGACAGCUCCCCAAGGGUUGAGUCUGAGGCCGCUCUGAGCUCCGAAGAGGAUGAAGACCACGAACACAGCCCCAGGACCUCGGAGUGGGAUCCGGCAGGGGGCAGCAGCGGGGACACCCCUCCAGAACAUUCUGAGGCCGCCCAAACUGCUGACCUCAGCCCAGCGAGGUCCUGGAGCAGUGGAACCGUCAGCCUGGGACCCCCCUCCGACAGCCCCGGCUCCCCCUGGGCAGGGCGGUCCCCUGACCCCCAGCCCACGGCCCGGGCCAACAGUCCCCAUCGUCACCGCCUGAACCCAGCUGACGGCGUUGGAGGAAGUGUCACCGUGGCAACCACCAAGGCAUUCCAGGACUCCUCGACACCCCCCUCCCCCAGCCCCCCGGAUCCUGCAGCUCGAUGGGGGGCCCAGGCGACAGGCCUCUCCUGCCCGCAGCCCGGGGCCCAGGCCUGGAAGCGGACAUGGGCGUCACCUAAGACACUCCCUUCCCGAUUCGCCGGCUCCACCAGCCCCCCCAGAUCUCAGCCCAGGCCGACCCGGCUGGACAGGCCGGCCCCCAGACAGGAAGCCACGCUGGCCGGCCACGCAGCCUCCAGUGACGCCCGCAAGUACGGCCGGGGGCGACUAAACCACCCACUCCCCGAUUUAUCCAAGGUGGGACCCCGGGUGAGGUUCCCCAAAGAAGAGAGCUACCGCCCACCCAAGGCCAGGAACCCGGGCCGAGGGCCCCAGGACCCCCGCACGCCUCUUGUCUUCAAGUCUCCCGCCGAGAUCGUGAGGGAGGUACUGCUCAAUAGUGGAGAAACCCCCCCGGGGCAGAACCCACCUCCCACCCACCCCAUCGCCAGGGUGCCCCAAGAGUUCCAGACCCCUGAGCAAGCCACCAAGCUGGUCCAUCAGCUCCAGGAGGACUACCACAGGCUCCUCACCAAGUAUGCAGAGGCCGAGAACACCAUUGACCAGCUGCGCCUGGGGGCCAAGGUGAACCUGUAUUCGGACCCGCCUCAGCCCAGCCACAGCAUCCACAUGGGUACCAUGUCCCAGGGGACCAAGGUCUUGUCCUUCACCAUCCCGCAGCCCCACUCUGCCGAGAGGUGGCCCCACCCCUCCGCCGUCCCGCAGAACUCCGAGGCCACAGGGGGCCUGAUCUCUGGAGGGGACCUGAGCCCCUCCUCAUCCGCUGGUGCGCCCACCCCUGGGAGGCUCCCUGAAAACCAAGGCCUCGCCAAGGACCAACCCUCUGCAGAACAGACCCAGGUCCUGGCUUCUCAGGCCAGGCGGUUCCUGGCCAAGGUGGAGUCCUUUGCAGGCCUGAUGCAAGCAGGAUAUCUCACGCCCCAGGACCAGCUCAAGGGCUUCCAGCGGCUGAAGGCGGCCCACGCGGCCCUGGAGGAGGAGUAUCUGCAGGCGUGCAGGGCGCAACGCCGGUCCCCGCAGCAGGCCGGCUCCAAGUGCACCCCGGGGACCUUCGAUCCUGGCAGGGAGCUGGAGUCAGAGAUCUUCCAGCUGGGAAUUCGCCUGGAGGAGUUGAAGGACCACCUGGACCAGAACCAGCAGGUGUCUGAGCCAUCGUCAUCGCUGCAGGGCUGGGCCCCGCCUCUGGACAGCUCCCCCGCCACACCCCGGUCCCUGCAGCCCACGCAGCCGGCCAGGCAGACAGUCUGCCCAGCCCAGCCAGAGGCCACCAGCACAAGCCCCCACUGGCCACAGGCCAGGAGGGAGGCGGGUAUGGACUGCAGCGAGGAGGAAGCGGAGGAGGAACAGGGGCUGGGUGGCCCGGCCUCGCCCAGGCACAAGGAGAGGCAGAUGGAGCAGGACUUCCAUGGCCUCCUGGAGCGGUACCUGAAUGUGAAGUCGCGCCCGGAAGCCUUGAGGAGGGAGGAGGAGGACGAGGAGGAGCAGGAGGGGCAGGACUGCACCCUGGAAGUUGACCGGGGGGCUGCUCUGGAGAACAUGGAACCCAGCAGACUCCCCUCAACACACACUGGGAGAAGUCACAAGGCCCCCCUCAAGGACACCGCCAAGCAAAUGGCAUCCGGGAGCAGACCCACCUUCCGUGUACCCAGUGCCCGGGAUAGGCACCCUUCAGGGCUGAGCAAGGCCGAGACAGCUGCUCCGGGACCGGGCAGGCCACCCCCGCCUCGGGGCCCCCACGAGAGCAGCCUGAGCAGCCUGGAGGGCGGCAGCAGCACCGAGCAGUUGUCCCGGAAGUCUCCACGCCGCACUGGCCGGCCCCACCCAGAGGAGCCCUGGAUGGCAUCCCCAGAGACAGACAGUGGCUUUGUGGGCUCCGAGACCAGCCGGGUGUCCCCCCUCACCCAGACCCCGGAGCACCGGCUUGCCCACAUCAGCACGUCUCUCCCCUCCGGGACCCCCAGCACCCCAAGGACGUUGACCCAGUCCUUCACCACGCCUGCAGCCUGGCCUGGAACCUCCCAGACCAGGGACCCUCAGGCCCUCAGACGAGCCUCCGAGCCCAACCUGACCAGGAGCCGAGCCCCGAGGCACCCCCCGGCCCCGCAGAGCCCCCUCCGGCACAGGGCACCCAGCUUUUGCCUGGAGCCGCCCCUGCCGGCCGAGACAGCCCUUGCAGGAGUUGCGGGCUCAGAGGAGUUCAAGGGGCACAGCCGAGUUUCUGAGAAGCCCACCGGCAGCGUGGUGAUGAGCCCACCUGCCUCUCCUGCCCCUGAGACCACCCCCGCCUUCCUCCUCACCAGGACCAGCCGAGACCAGGCCAUCCGGGAGCUGCAGGAGGAGGUGUCGCGGCUCCGGGUACGGCUGGAAGGCAGCCUGCACCGCUCCCCCCAGGCCAGCCCCACGCGCCCCCCGUCCACCCACGAGCGCCCCACCAGAGUGCGCGAGCGGCGAGCAGACUCCUCAGCCACCUGGGGCGCCCACUACGGCAGUAAAUCCACAGAGAGAUUGUCUGGGGAGCCCGGAGGUGCCGAGCAAGCUGUCCCCACAGGACGGCGGCCAGCCAGGUCCUCCUCAAUGCCGCGGGAGAUGCCCCGACAGCCCCUGAAUUCCGAAUCUGAGCCGAGCUUCCUCCACCUGUCCCCGAAGAAGAGCGAAAGCUUCAGCAAGGACCACAGGCAGGCAGCUCCCAAUGAAGCGAGAGCAGCGAGUGGCGCCAGGAGGCCGGACAGGGUCACCUUCCAAGGCCAGUACACAGGUCAGCAGUACCAUGUCCUCACCCCCAAGGCUGCCCCGCGAGGCAGUGCCACGGAGUCCUGUGCUCACUGCCAGCCCACUGGGCCCCAGGACACAGGCAUUGCCGUGGCCAAGGACCCAGGGGGUCCAGCUCCCCCGGACACCCCGCAGUGCCCCCUGUGUGGGCGGACCGGGCCCCCCCAGGAGGCAGCCAGCUCUGACUCAGCCCCCUCCGGGCCAGAGAAAGCUGCCACCAGGAAAAACCCACUUGCAACGCACAGCCCCAAGCAGAGGGGUCAGCGGGCAGUGUCGCCAUCCCGGCCGCCCCCCGGACUGUGGUACCUGGCUGCCCCCAGCUUCGCCUACGUGUCCUCGGUUCCCGUCCUGCCUUACCCGUCAGCUGCUGUGUACUAUACAGCCCCAGGAUCUACCUCAGCCCCCUCGGCCGCGGAAUGGCCCCCAGCAGCCUCGUCCCGGCCAGCCAGGGGCCCCAGACCAUCCGUCCAGCUGGACCUGGAGGAGCUGGAGGAGCUGAACCGGGCGCUGAGCCGGGCUGCGCAGGCGGCCGAGAGCGUGCGCUCCACCACGCAGCAAAUGACCCGCUCACUGUCCGCCGAGCUGCGCCAGGCCCGUGGCCUGCGGGGCUCCUGCCUCUUCUGAGCCCA